AUGGAUCAUUAUAAACCACUCGAACGAAAUAUGGAACUGCCUGUCGAUCACGUGGUACGGAUUUAUACAUCAUUCGACUUCAGAAUGAGACAUAUACUUGAUCAUUGGCGAGAACGUUCAAUCAGGUUUUCAACGUUAUUAUCCAUUAUGUAUUUAUUUACUCCGGCUAUUUUGAUGGGCAUCACACAGAUAUACAAUUACACUGUGGAUAAAAAAAGAAAGACAUCUAACGAUCACGAUUUAAUAUAUAAUGAAUUAAAAACAACCAUAGUGGAUCACCAAGAAGUUAUGAAGAAAUAUGAAGUUUUUUUAGCACUAUUUAGAAAAGCGAUGUUGAUACAAAUUUUCGUUUCAUCAUUAGGACUCAUAAUAAUUUGGGUUAUUUUAAUAAUGGUUUUAUCUGGCGUAGAAGGAUUCGAGACCACAGAACAAACAAUCAUAAAAAUGAUAUGCCUAAUUCCUACAUUCUCCUUUCAGAUAUAUAUGGUGUGUUAUUUAUUUGGAAGUUUACACGAUCAAAAAGAUUCCAUCAUAUUCUCAUUGUACAGCAGUAAUUGGACGGAAAUGGACAUGAAAUGCAAACAAUUAAUAUUAUUAACAAUGAGAGUGAAUAAUGCAAACUUUAAAAAGUUAAAAUUUACAACAAUAAAAAUUAUUAACUUGGAAUUUUUUUUUAAAACAAUGAGUAAUUGCUACUCGAUUAUUUCGGUUUUAAUUAAACAGAUCAAAGCAAAGAAUGAACAAACGUUUUAG